AUGAAGAAGGAGGUGAAGCAAACGCCGCCGCCGCCAAGCCCAACCGCUGGCCAAGAUGGCGCCGGCGACGAUCGGAUCAGCGCCCUGGAUGACGACUUGUGUGAGCUCAUCCUCGGGUCGACGCACCUCAACGUGAGGGAGCUGGUGCACACGAGCGUGCUGUCAAAGCGGUGGCGCGGCCUCUGGAAGCGCUUACCCGUCCUGGACUUCUUCGGGUGA